UCGGCGGAAGCUGCCAUUACUUCAUCUCAACGUGAGAACAACGAAACCGGUAGGUGAAAUCGGUGGAAUCCACCUUAAAGCUCUCGUUUAAAGCAGAAAAAGAAAGCAACAGCAAGAUGUCUGUUCAGCCCAAUCACACCGUGUACAUCAACAACCUCAAUGAAAAGAUUAAAAAGGAUGAGCUCAAGAAGUCCUUGUAUGCUAUCUUCUCCCAGUUUGGUCAAAUUCUGGACAUUGUGGCUCUGAAGACCCUGAAAAUGAGAGGACAAGCCUUCGUGAUUUUCAAAGAUAUCAACAGCGCUGCUAAUGCUAUGCGAUCAAUGCAGGGAUUCCCCUUCUAUGACAAGCCUAUGAGGAUACAGUUUUCUAAGCGAGACUCCCAUGUGAUCGCCAAGAUGAAGGGGACAUACGUAGAAGAGCCGCGGAGGAAGAAGGAUGAGGAGGAAGCUCCACGCAAAAAGAAGAAAACUCAACAAAUCAAAGCUCCACCUGCUCAGCCCCCAGCAGCACCCGUUGCACAACCAAUGGCCCAGCCCCCUAUGCAGCCUGUUGCAGCUGCUCCUGCCGCCCCAUCCACUGCCAUCCCGGAACAGCCUCCAAACCAGAUUCUGUUCAUCACAAACCUCCCCGAGGAAACCAACGAAAUGAUGUUGUCCAUGUUGUUCAAUCAAUUUCCUGGAUUCAAAGAGGUUCGUCUUGUCCCGGGCAGACACGACAUUGCUUUCGUGGAGUUUGAGACCGAUGUUCAGGCUGGUGCUGCUAAAGAGGCUUUACAAGGAUUUAAGAUCACACCAAGCAAUGCCAUGAAAAUAUCAUAUGCUAAGAAGUAAAAAAACCCGUGAUUAUUGGACAUCAUGCUGCAGUUGGACAAAUGAACUGUUUCACAAAACUUUCUUGGAGUGUUGCCUUUGUGAAUGUUCAUUCCCAGAUAAACAGGCUAUAUGGAGCGUAUCCAGCCCUGACCGUACUGGUAUGGAGUAGUCGGGUGAUCGCGUCAUAUUGCCAGACGUGUGGGUGGAUGGAUGUUAUUUCUGUGUCGCCUACAAGUGUGGAAGGAUGAGAGGUUGGUAUGCAAGAGGUACAGUACAGACAUUUUACUUGUCUGUUGUCAGCAUUGCACCUUCGUUGGCGUCUGCUGGCAUUGCACACCCCGCCUUCAGACGCCAACAUUGCACGCCAGCUGACAAGCAGAUACUUUGUAUUUUAUCAUUUAUCAUGUCAUGAAUAAAUCAUUUUUCACAACUAA